AUGGCCUCAGCGGUAGUGGCAGCGUACGAGCAGCUGCUCGUAGACAAUGUCUCGACCGUGCGCACAGUCGAGAGCGCAAUCCGCAACGUGACAUGGUUCCUGCCAGGCCGGUUCGCCGACGCCGACAUUGCGUCCGAGGGCCUGUACGCCCUGCUGUCCGUCGUGUCGAGCGUGCACGAUGACCUGCUCGAGAAGCGUAUCCCCCCGGCCCUGUCCCUCCCCCCGCACCCCUUCGCGCCCGGUGCCGCCGCCCCCGAGACCGCUGGCCUGCUUAGCACCAUGCCCCCCGCCGCGCCGAUCACGCCGCUCCUUCCUCCGGCGUCAGAACAUACCCGCUACACGAGAUACUGGAGCGAUCGGAGCCCCGCGUACCGCCGCCUGUCGCGCGCUCUGCAGACCACGACGUACAUCGAGCUCCUGCUCGAGAUGGUCGUCAAGAAGAAGGCUGGAGAUCGGAACCGCUGGCGUCUGGUUCUAGGCAUCGAGGGAUUCAAGUCUGUCAUCCGCCUCAUCCUCAUGACCAUCACGCGCCGCCCAGUCCUUCUCCCGCCGACGCCGCAGCGCGAGUUUGACUUUGCGCUCAUCCCGCAGGACAAGAUCCUGCCUCCAGAGGGUGUCAAGCCAAAGGACGAGGAGAAGGCCCUGCCCGCCCAGCCGACGGGCCCGGCACGUGCGGUCAUUCCGUCGCUCGCGAAAGCGCCCCUCCGGUCCCACCUGUACCCUCUCCUCACCAGCCUGCCCGAGGAGCACCUCGCCCACCCGCUGUCUCUCCUUCCCGAGCUCUCGACACCCGGCGAUAUCGCCGCCGAGGUGCUCUCGUCGACUGCUGUUCUUGUUCAGGUUCUACUCCUCGUGCACACGAUGCGUUCGCCCUCCGCGUCCCGUUACCGCCCAGCAUCCCUCCCUACGCUGUCGCGCGCCAUCCCACCGUUCCUCAUCCCCAUCCUGCUCCAGCUCCUGGCGCGCCGCCUCCGCGCGCCAGCCGGCGAGUCGACCCUACUGGCCGAGCACUAUGCCCAGCUGGACCGCCGCAUGGCCUCGAGAUUCUUCCUCCAGGGCCCCAUGUGGAUCGGAUGGACGCGCCCAAAGAUUGUCUCUGUGGUCAACUUCUUGGAAAAGAUCCCGCUCAUCAGCUUGGCGGGCGAUCUUAUCUCGGGAUACCUGCCACUGGUCGACGACUACUUCUGUGAGUGGGCAGGGCUGGCCCGGGCUCGCGAAGCGGGCGCAGGACACACGGUCACCUAA